CUUAUAAGGGUCCAUCGCCGUCAUGCGCGAUUUUUGUUCACUUGUCCUCGAGCCUUGCUAUAACUCACGUACUCCUGAUUGAGUGCUGUGCCGUGACCUCUGCCAUGAUCUCUACGUGCUAAUCGAGCCACAACACUUCGAUUACUGUCCCUUUCGCCUACUUGGAUUCACACGAGAACAACUUACACGAUGCUCCAUAUCAGCCACCCACAAGAUUUCCAGGAUUGGGCACCCAUGGGCCCUUCCGACACUCAGUCGCUCGGGUUGGAGUCUGACCUUACAGAGGAGGAGCUCUACGGAAGCCACCUGGGACUCAAUGACUUUGACAUGUCUUCGUCGCAGUUGCUGAGCCCGGAGCUUUGCCCGGAAUUCGACUUAGCGAUGGGCGAGACGGCCUCGGGCCUGUACCACACGUCACAGCCGAUGGGCGUUGCUAACGCCUUGGAUGUACCACGAUUGGCGAAUAAAAUCACUUCAAUAUUCGGGGAAUCCACCUUCAACACGGCGCCUGAAUCCAAGCCCAUUACCGCUGACCUCUCCUUGGACGACCUGCUUCGCUCGGCUUCUCAGUUAGCCACCGAGCGCGCGCUCUACAUGAACAUUCCGGCGGGGACCCCCUCUCCCCGGGCAUCCCACGAUAGCCCCAGCUCGCGAGCUCGCUUCGUCCAGUCGCCGCUCCUAGACGACCCCUGCAGUUCACCGGAAACCAGUUAUCAGUCAUCUAGUGGCAGUGAGGGGGAUUGGGAGCGGGAAUACAACCACGGCGAACCUGUACAAUUCUACGGACUCCCAGAAAUCGGAUUUUCUGAAGCUGUCCCACUGCAUCGCACCCUGGACGAGGCGAUGGUCCAACCUCCUUUCGGUGGGCCACUGCCCACUCCGAACCCGGGAUUGCGCCGCAAAAGCCAGGCCAUGGAAUUUAGCCUCAGUAUGGACUCGAUUGAGAAUGGGCUUACCCCGCUGGAAAUGCCCGAUGGAAGUACCCGCUUCACGGCCAACUGGCUCCCCGUGGAUCCCGAGGGUGGGUUCACCAUCCGAGCACCAGCAGCACCCACGGCGAGCCGGUUCUCUCCCAGCAACGAAUUUGCUCAGGAUCCCGGGGACUAUUACUUCACCCAAAGCGCAUUCAUCUCAAUCCCGACGGAUACCGGUCUAUCAUCCACGGCAGUAUGAGCCGAAUCCCAGUGCCAACCGAGCGCGAGAACCGCAGAAACACCAUGCACCCAAUCCACUAGAUUGUGGGCCACCGCCCGACCGCCCGAU